AUGGACCGUGAGGACAUUAUCCUAACCACAGACAGGGCCCGGGGGCAGCAGGCACUGGCCCUCCUCCCCAUCUGCCUGGCCCUGGCCUUCUCCCUUACCGCCCUGGGCAGCAGGCACUGGUGCGAGGGGACCCGAAGGGUGGCAUAGCCGCUGUGCCAGGACCACGCAGGAGGGCGCUGCAUUCAUUUCAGCAGGGGCAGGGGGGACAAUGAGAGCCGGGCAGUGCAGUACAUUUGGGAGACAGAGGAUGAUGACAAGUUCACGGAGCACAGGCUGCACACAGGACUCUGGCAGUCCUGCGAGGAGGGCCUCGGCUGCGCAGCAGGGGCACAGAACGGCAGCUGGCACUCUCAACACACCUUCCCGGAACCCGAGGCUUGGGAAAAUGUUUGGGAAGAGGAAGCUGCUCCCAGCCUUGUGGGGCAUGCCCUGGUGAGGUUCUCUGAGCACCUGCCCCCAGGUGCCCCAGGCAAGGUGUCCGCACGCUAG